AUGGGAUCAGAUCGGAGAUGGAUGUAUGCUAGGUUAAAAGAUGGCCUAUUGACCUCAGAAUUCAUAGAAGGUAUUGAACAAUUUAUAACAUUUGCUAAGCAACAUCCAGAGUGGAUGGAUGGGGAUAAACUGAAGUGUCCAUGUAAUCAUCGAAAGUGUCAGAAUCGUAAUUAUGUUGAUGAGAAUACAAUUCGAUUACAUUUGAUGAAGCAUGGAUUCGUACCAUAUUAUUAUAAAUGGAUUCUACAUGGGGAACCCCGCACAAGUAAUAUUGAUAGUGAAAACAUAAAUGUUAUGAUAGCGGAGUCUGUUCAAGAGGUUGAUAAUAGCACAAGCAAUACAUAUGAGCAAAUGGUAAUGGAUGCAGCAGGUCCUAAUUUCUUUCAGGAUGUAAUGGAGGAGCCUCCAAAUCCAUCAGCUCAAAAAUUGUAUGACAUGUUACAAGCUACUAAUCAAGAGGUGUGGCCAGGUUGUGAAAGCCAUUCGCAGCUCUCAGUUGUUGCAAGGAUGUUGAACAUCAAGGCAGAACAUCAUUUGUCAGAAAGGUGUUUUGAUGACAUUUGUCAACUUAUGAAAGAGGUGUUACCGGAUGAAAAUUUAAUGAUGAAAACUUUUACAAGACAAAGAAGUUGGUCCAAGCAUUGGGCCUACAUUGAGAAGAUUCAUUGUUGUACUAAUGGAUCGAAAGAAAUGAGAUGGCACGCUGAGCAUAACCAUGAAGAUGGGGUAAUGCGUCAUUGUUCAGAUGCAACUACAUGGAAGCAUUUUAAUAAAACACAUCCUUCAUUUGCUGCUGAGGUUCGAAAUGAAGAGUAUAUGUUCCUAACGGUAAUAGUUCCUAGUCCGAGAAACCCAAAAGACAAAUUGGAUGUGUACUUACAGCCCCUUAUUGCAGAGUUGAAACAGUUGUGGGAAGUUGGAGUUGAGACAUAUGAUGCAUCAAAGAAGAAUAAUUUUAAUAUGAGGGUUGCGUUAUUAUGGACAAUAAGUGAUUUCCCUGCAUAUUCAAUGUUAUCCGGCUGGAGCACAGCAGGCAAGACUGCUUGUCCAUAUUGUAGGGGCGAUUCAGAUGCAUUCACAUUGACAAAGGGUGGUAAACAAUCAUGGUUUGACAAUCACCGUAAAUUCUUACUAGCUAACCAUCCUUUCAGACGGAAUAAAAUUGCUUUUAGAAAGAACAAGAUAGUUACAAAAAGUGCUCCCCCCAUUCUAUCUGGUGAGGAAAUUUUAGAACAAAUAGAACAUCUAGGAUUAAUGUGUGUCACAGAUAUGGGUGCAGAUGAGAAUAACAGUUGCAAAGCAAAAAACACGGGUUGGAAGAGACGGAGCAUUUUUUGGGAUUUGCCAUAUUGGAGUACUAACAUGCUUCGCCACAACCUGGAUGUCAUGCAUAUAGAGAAAAAUGUAUUUGAAAAUAUUUUUAAUACUGUGAUGAAUGUUGAAGGGAAGACGAAGGACAAUGCAAAAUCAAGGGAAGAUUUGAAAGAGUUUUGUCACCGACCUGAGUUAGAGAGGGAUAUGGCAACAGGAAAGUAUCCUAAAGCAUGUUACACAUUAGACAAACAAUCAAAAGCAGUGUAUAGACAUGCGAAAACUAAAGUUGUUUGGGAUGAAAAGCCAUGA